AUGAGUGUCGUACGCUCAAGUGAGGAGCGCCUGCGAGCGAUGUCGGUGCUAUCACAGAUUACACGCGAUAAUUUAUUCUCCCUUUGGGACAAACAUUUCAAAAUGAUAUUUUUGUUGCUCAUCGAAACGCUGAAGGAUAAUGAUGUGGAUAUUCGCCGAAUGGCACUGAAACUUCUCAAAGAAAUUUGCUUUGCACAAGCGUCACGUUUUAAUGAAUUUGCUGAAAUGGCACUAAUGCGGGUUCUGGACUCGUGCACUGAUGAAUCAAAACUUGUUGUGACUGCAGCUGAAGAAUGUGGCGGUGUACUGGCAACACACGUCUCAUCCGCAACUUGUCGACGAGUGCUGCUUGCCAUCAUCAAAUCGGAUGUUGGCGAACCAAAAAUCCACAUCGCCAUCAAAUUGCUGACGAAAGUGAUCGAGUCGUUGAGCCCCACUGAGCUGGAAUUGAUCCUGGAUGAAGUUGCACCACCAAUCGUUGAUGUUGGUUAA